AUGAGGAUCCUUGCAAUACUAUGGACAGCAUGUUUAGUAAGAUUGUGCAGUGCAGGGUGUCUUGGAGGAGGUACUAGAGAUGACGAAGUUACUGAUCAAGCAGAACAAGGAGGUUCUAAUGAAGUCUCUACGGAGAAUAUUAGUACUCCACCUACUCAACAAGGACAAGCUGCUAAACCAGCGACUCCUGUUACUCAGUCGGCUGGACAAGGUGAUGAUGCUAUAGAUCUUGCUCAUCCUGAUAUGACAAAGGUGGAUAUUCUCAGAGCUAGUAGGAAUGAAGUGGAGAAGAAGGAGUAUUAUCCAACGGGUGCUUCCAAAGUAACCUCUGUUGUAGAUGGUGAUAAGGAACUAUGGAAGAAAGAUGAAGAUUAUCAAAAGUUCCUAUCUGCAACAUUGUCAUCCAAGGGAAAGUCAUAA